GCACACAGGUCGCGUCAACGACUGGUUCAGAUGGACGCGGAGACGCGCGGGUCGUCUCAGAAGGUACCACGUUGACACUGUGGGGCUGCCGUCGUGUGGUUACAGCAGCAACUUGUGCGAUAGUUUUACAAUCACGUUGAGGUGGAAGAGAGAAAGAGAGAGACCUGAAUGUGUGUGUGUGUGUGUGUGUUACGUACACCGUCUUUGGGAAUUCAAUGCUGACAUAUAAUAUCGCCAUCAAGUUUGUCUUCAGUUUCUUGAUGACUAUUGGGACAUGUAACUAUUAAAAAAAGAUUCACGGCACUGUUGCUGAGGGCAUCUUGCGAGACAUUCACAUGAUGUCUUAAAGUCUUAGACUAUUCAUUUAAGACAGAGCACUACGCAUAUGUUAUCCAUACCCUGACUAACUCUCCAGUCUACAACAACUAUAUCUCAAGCUUACUGUACACAUAAACACAAAUGUUAAAGACAAUAUUCCUGUCUCUGUCUAGUCACAUCACUGUUUAGAAUUGAACAGUUCAAAAUGAACUCUUCAGGCGCUAGCGACAUGAGUAACGGCGCUGCCACGAUAGAUGCUGAGCCCAUCAAGCACAUCCUUGAAAAAGAAAUCAAGAUGGACGAUGGUCAGUGGCUGGAGCAGACCACGAUCAGCACGAGGGACGAUGCCGUCUCUUUCUGGAAGCUCUUCCUGGACAAUUGGAUCUAUGUGGUCACUUACUGCAGUGUGUUUGGAAGUUUUGGAGUCUGUGUCGGAUUUCUGGGGCCCACGGUGUUCGACCUCGGGUGUCAGACCCACUCGGACUUGAAGCAGAUGAACUGGGUCUUUUUCGUCCAGCUUAUUAUGACACUAGUGGGCUCUAUCACAGCAGGGUGUCUGGCAGACAGAAUUCCGUCUCACAGCCUGAUGUUGUCCGGUGCGGUGGGCGUGUCCCUGGCCAUGUUUGUCAUCCCAGCCUGCAGCAAUCUGGGCUCUUUGAUCUUUGUCUUGAUCUUGAUGGGCUGGUGCAUGGGCUGCCUGGACUGUCUGGCCAAUCUGAAGAUCAUCAUGAUGUUUGGGAAAAACGUGGGGCCAUUCUUACAGGCUAUGCACUGUUCCUAUGGAAUUGGUGCUUUUGUAAGCCCUAUGAUAGCCUCUGCGUUCCUGUUGAACAGGGACUGCACUCCUUACAUCGAUGGAUUCACAAUUGAGACCCCGACCUACAAGGGCAGCUCUGAUAACCAGACCGGAUCGGACAUGAAUACUGUGACAUUACGGAUUCCUCCACAGCCUCACAGAGUCUUUAGAUAUCAACAUAUGAGUCAUCUUCCCAAAGCAUUUUUUAUACUUGGGGGGCUGCAGUUGGCUAUUGCUGGACUAGUAGCGUACGUCAUCUUCCAGGAGAAACUGGGCAAACUCAAACCAAGAAAUUCCGCCAAUGAUCAUGGCCACACAAGUCACAUGAUUACACCUGCUAAAGGUUUCAAUGUGGACAGGAUCGGUGGAUGGUUGCGAGAUACUUGUUGCGCUUGUGGUGGCCGGGAGGUGAUUUUUAUUACACUGGUCACGUGUGUGUCUCUGUUCAUAUUUGAUGGAUUACAGUCCUCCUUUGCUAAUUAUAUUUACACGUAUGCUCACCAGUCUGGAGUAGAAGGCUUACAGAAAUAUGAAGGGGCUGUACUUGAUGCUAGCUUCUGGGGUUUGUUUGCAGCAGGCAGACUGAUUGCCGUUCCUGUGGCUUCCAAACUGACAGCUUCCUUCAUGUUGGUCAUAAACAUUCUUGGGUGUGCGGUGGCGCUGCUUCUUACUAUUAUCUUCCGCUGGAGUCAUGUCAUGAUCUACAUUGGGACUUGCAGCGUCGGACUCUUUGUCAGCAGUAUGUCACCCACUGUCAUGUCCAUGGCGGAACAAUUUAUAGACAUUAAUCCUUCUAUAACAACUUGUCUGGUGGUUGUUGCUGCUUUGGGUGAAGCACUGUGUCCUGUCAUCGUUGGCAAUCUUGUUGUCAGCAAAGGACCUUCUUCCUUCCUUGUGUUCUGUUUCACGUUCAGUGUAGCAGCCAUUUUAUUGUAUAUAGCAUUACUGUUACUUGGAAGACAGUCGGACAAAUUUAAAGUAUGUAAACAAGAAUCUUUUAUCUGGUUGUCUGGGCGACAACUUGUCGUAGAAGGGGAGAGCACGUUUAUCAAGCCAUCAAGUAUCAAAUACUACAGCCGGAUGUCAGAGAGUGAUUCCAAUAUGGAGCUCGGACCCAUGGGCUCUCAGGAUAACUUGACAGACAAACAUGGGGAUUGAUUUGCCCAUUCGCAAUCUAUAUUUUAAGAAGAACUAAGUAAUUAAAUUAUUAUUAUGUUUGUAGGAUUGGUAUAAAAGACACACAUUUAAAACUACACCUGAUUUGAAUAUACAAGUCUUUUUAAAUUUUCACUCCAACGGCCACGUAUUGAUAUAAUGGGGGAGGGGGAGGGGACGAGCAGACAAUGUACAUCAAUAGAAAGCAAUCAAAGAGCAAUGUCUUUUAAUGAUCAGCAAUAAGUUCUAUUUAUAGAGACCUCACCAUUACGUCGUUAAAUUUGCAUUACCUCUUCCAUGACACACAAGCUCUGCUAAAUGAUGGAGAGCUACAAUAUAUAGUUUUGACCGAAUCAGGCAAUAGGAAGUUGGAAUUUUUGUUUUUAAGAUUACAUUGUACAUUAUAAAUUACAGACGUUUCUUCAAAACAGAAGGUGCACUACUAUGUUACUAGUUACAUUCAGUAGUUACUAGCUACCUUCAGUAGUUACAAGCUACCUUCAGUAGUUACUAGCUAUCUUCAGUAGUUACUAGCUACAUUCAGAAGUUACUAGCUACAUUCAGGUUACUAGCUACACUCAGAAGCCACUAGCUAUAUUCAGAAGUUACUAGCUACAUUCAGAAGCUACUCACUAUAUUCAGAAGUAACUAGCAACAUUCAGAAGUUACCAAACUUAAACUUAAUACAAAGUACCUCUGCUUGCAACUCUUCUUGUUCAUGUACUUGCAAUAAGAAACUAUUUAUAAGUCAUCAACGUUUCCUUAAAUCAGAUACUUAUGCUAAAAGGUAGGCCCUAAUACUGCUGCAGUUACAGUCAAAUGAUUAUAUAAAGUUUGGUGAAAUCAAUUUUUAGUCUUGCUCGAGUGGUUUGAAGAUAGAGAAGUAAGUCUUACAAUAAGAAACGGGGAACAUGGAACUUAAAGGAUGAACAUUUGCAAAUGAAAUGAGCAACCAGAGAGUUUCUGGGGUGAACUCUCUUGCUAAUGUCAUCGACAGAGACCCUGCUGUUGUGUGUAUAUAUUAGGCCUUUAUCUCGUGUCAUGAUGUCCAAUGUUAAAAUGCAGGGCCUCGAAAGAGGUCAUGCCCCCCCGGACCCUCAAAUGUUGGGAAAUUCCUACCGACGCCCCUGCUUAAUAGUAAGUAAGAUUAUCGCAUCUUACAAAAUACUCUACUACUGUGCAAAUCGUUUCAAGAAACAAAUGAAAUACUAAUACGCUUGGCUCCUCAAUGAAGGGUAGGUAACUACAUUAUUUUAAACUUAAAGUGUUUAUUAUCAUUUACCUCCCUGGAAAAAGUAAAUAGCUAGAGCGGAGUGGACUUUUUUGGGACGAUAAUUGGCUAGUAUUGUCAACAUAGAUAUUGAUCGAAUGUACUGUUAGCAGGCGAUUUAAGGACUAAUUUGAUUAUCGACUUAAAAAAUCUUCCAUUUUUUAAUUUAAUGUACACACAUGUAUGUUUACUGUGAACAUAUUCGUUUGUGCUUUUAUGUACACAGCGAAAUAUUCAUAUAAAGAUUUGAAAAGCGUUUUUUUAUCAUUUCGAAAUGCUGAUAAAAUACUUUAGGUAUCUGAUGUUUGAUAUACAGCACAUCUAUGUAGGUUUCUUAUGUUUGAUAUAAAAAGCAUUUUAUUUUGUUUAUUCGGUUUAUCUUUCUAUAUACAGUAUUGCUCUCUGUGGAAGGCAAACAAAUCAAAUAAAACCCAUUUUUGACUGUGAUAAGUUCCGAAUCUGGACCUUCUAAUGAAAUGAUGGAAUCAAUUGAAAUAACAUUUAUAUUUUAUGCUUUCAUUUUUUUUUUUUGUUGAAAAGACAGAUCUGAUCUAUUUAAAUAUACGUUUGUCUAUUAAACUCUGAGAUCUGCAAGUCGGUAUUCUAAGCUUAAACAUCAGACAUAGAGGAAAUGAGUACAUAUCAAGAAUAAUUGAGCUGUCUCAAUGAACAAGAAUACAAUAUAACUUCAACACAAUUUACUUGUAAUUAUCUAAAUAUAUAUAGAAGGUGAUUUCAUAUUUCUAUAACGAUUGUCAGAAGUAUUCAAAUAUUAAAAGAUAUUUUGACUUCUCAUUACGUUAGUGACCUAAGUGUUGAUUCCAGUAUCUUUUUGUGCAUUCCAUUGUUUGUUCUUUUCUAAAAAAAAUAGUUUGUGAGUGUGUCUGUGUGCCCCCCCCCCCCCCAGCUUUUCUAUUAUAAGUCUUAAUUUUAAAGUAACUUUAUUUAUUUCCUUUUCCGAGUUGAACCUUUUUUUUUUUCGAUUCCAUUAACUCCUCAUUCAGGCUCACACUAUAUUAAAUCCGGCAUUAUUCAAAUUUCUUUCAAACCAUUCCGCAUGUCCUCAAGUCAAUUAUUUGGAUUUAUAUUUUAAACAAAAAAUGUUUAUUACAGCAAAUCUGGUUGUUUUUACCCUCCAUUCUUUCGUUCGUCACUAAUGGUCAAGACAUUUAGAAAAAAUAAAUUUUGAAAAAAAAAAAAAAAAACGAAAAAAAAACCUCCUAAAGCAUCACACCAAGCAACGGAUCGCUCAUCACAUCCCUGGCAUCUUUCUCCUGUAAUAACAUCAGCUUUAAAAACUAGGUCAGUGAGUUAAUACUGCAAGUUACCGGAAGUAAGAAUAGGGCAAUACUCCAUUAAAAAGAUGAAGAAAGAUUUAACAAAAUGUGAUGCAGUUACAGUCGGACGAAUACUAACAUAUUAAAAAAAGGAAGGGGCAGCUUUUUUAAAACAUAUAAUGCAAUCCAAUAUAUAAGACAAAUUUUAGGUUUCAUGUCUGUCCGUCUGAAUGUUAUUUAUUGAAAUCAACACCGUUCGACUAAUAAUAUUACUUAGAUCUUUACCGAGUCCUUUCGAUUAGUUUGAACCCCCCAAUAUUAACCGAGGAGCCCUAAAUUAUUUGUAUUAUUCGUAUACUUGUUUGCCUUGGCUUUUAUUGACAUUCUAAAAUCAAUCUGGGCAAUGCCGGGCAUUUGUUCUAUUAACUUCCUCACCUUGGAGUAUAUGGAUUCAUGCAACUUUGAAGUCUGCUGACCGCACUACCCUAUGUGUACAGUGUCUGAAACAAUUUGUUGUCCUUGUAUUACUACUUACCAUUUACCUAAAGCCGUUCCCGUGAUUGUGAUAUACUUACAUUGACUAUAUACUUUGUAACUGAGUCUAUUGAUGCUUCUAUUUCUAUAUGUAUACAUAUUUAUUGCUUGUUUUCUUUAACCAGUAUUCAUGUUUUGUAGAUCGUAAGGUCUGAAAGGGGAACAUUUUUACUUUGACAUGUCUAGUAACUAGCGUGUUUUCUCUUGAACGGUUUACAUUUUGAAUUACGAUAUUAUAGACAAUGAUUUACUAGAAAUAUUUUUUUUCAUAAGUUUUGUAAUAUUUAUGUUCUAUUUAUUCUUGUUCAUAUUUUUUCUAUACAUUCUUUUUUUUUAUAUUUAUGUAUCACAUUUAUUUUUAGAGACGACAUUAAGAGCUUGUCUAUGAAUGUUCACUAAAUAAAAUACAAACAUUAUAAAUUAAGAUGAUGGCGUUUAUUAUAGUGGUAACUUAUGGAAGCAAACUAUCUGUAUAUUGUCAAUGUCUAACACAGUACAAUAUAAAAAGGAUAUGAUUUAAAACAGAAAAUAUGUUCUAUUUUAUUAAUUUGUUAUCAUUUAAGUUUUAA